UAGUAACUGUUAUAAUAAAAACAAAAAUUGCUGCUACAGCCAAAAAAUUAGUCGAAGAAGAAUUAUAUGUGAAUACAGGGGGAUAGAAGGGGCGGCCCGCAUCGGCUCUCUGGUGUUGGGAAAGGGCCUCCAAAUUUUGAGAAGUCGUUUUUAAUGAAAUCCAAAACAAGGCCAAAAUACUUUCAAUAAGUAUAAGAAGCAAUUUGGACCUAGAAACUGGAGGUCCCGUACAUUCUACAUUUUAUUUCGUUUGUUAUUAUUUUAUGUAAACUAGUUACACUGAAAACUAUAAAAAUAUCUUAUAAAUAUUAUUUAGGACAGCAAAUUAUUUUGCGGCGUCUGAUUUACGAGAUAAUAAAGAACACGGUAUAUCUAAUAAACAAACAUUGCAAGUUGGCUAAUUCAUUGAAACGUAAAGUCAAUUUUGACAUAAACAUUACGUUUUUAUGACAAUAAAAAAAUAAAUAAAAUAAAAUUUUAUGUUAAAUGGAACGAUGGGUCAACAAAGUUGCCAUAGUGACAGGGGUUACAACAGGAAUUGGUGCGGCUAUAGCGGAAAUGAUGGUCAAGGAGGGUGUUUUGGUGGCUGGUUUCGCUCGUAAAAAGGAACGAGUACAGGAAUUGUUCGAGAAAUUACAACACGAAAAGGGUAAACUGUAUGUUUUGAUGGUGGAUAUAACCAACGAAAACGAAAUUUUAACCGGUUUUAAGUGGAUAAAAAGCAAUUUGGGCCCCGUUCACAUUCUUAUCAACAACGCUGGAGUUGCCAGACAUACCAGUCUAAUAGACGGCGACACUCAAAAAUGGAAAGAAGUGUUCGAAACAAACGUUUUUGGUUUAUGCAUUGCCACAAGAGAAGCCGUCCGAGACAUGAGGACACACCAGACCAGUGGCCAUAUCAUACAUAUGAAUAGCAUUGCCGGACACACCAUACCAUACUUUCCUGGUACAAGCGUUAAUGUAUACGCUGCUGCAAAAUUUGCUGUUACCGCAUUAACGGAAACGUUGAGACGUGAAUUGAUGAAUUGUAAUUUGAAAAUAAAAGUGACGGUAAGAAAUGAUAUAAACAAACUUUUGAACAUUUGCAUCCCCAUACGAUUAUACGUGAAAAGAAACUAAAAGAAAGGUCGGACAAAAAGUAAAAAAAAAUACAGUAUAUAAUUUUGAGCUUAAGAAUUUCCUUUUAAAGCUUUUUUCGUCCAGUUUCUCAUUUGCUUUUGUUCGUACUCUGUAGACAUCGUGCAUUAUGAAAAACUCUUAAGGUAUGCCUAUCGCACUUCAGAUCGCCGGUUUUAUUCCCGGAGUGCUCAUGAGGAGUCUAACGGGAAAUCUCAUUACUGGCGCGCUUUUUCUUUGCCACAUGAGGCCUGCAUGUUCCAUCAGAUUUCGUCGUGCCUCAUGUGGCUCAAACUUUGUUCAUUUCUAUCAAUUUCCUGUACAACCUAUUGUCAAUAAGUAAACCCAAUAUUUUUAUAAAGGCAUUUGCUUAUAUAAUUCACUGUAACUCUGUAAAAAGUAACUUUUUACGUUAGAGUAUAAGUCCUGGAGUUGUUGCCUCGGAAUCCAGUGUAUCCUGCUCGAACCUUGACACUGACUCUUCAAUUCCACAAUUGAAGCCCCAAGAUG